AGCUACACAGACAGCAUGAGAGGACACAGAGCAGGGAGGCUGAAGUAGAUAUGUCGUGUUAAUUCUGAAGGACAUGGUGAAAUUGCGUAUUUUUAAAGCUGGGCAUACAGAAACGAAAAUAUUAGUUUAUUUUAGCAACUGACACAAAGAAAAUGUUUCGGCAAACGAAGGCGGCGCUCCAGAAACUUCGAUACCUCAGUUUGAGUGGACAGCAGCACAAAUGGAGACUGAAAAGCACCUCAGCAUGUGAGAGGGCACUCCAGUACCAACCGGGGCAGAAGAUCUACGGAUUUACAGUCAGAGAGGUUGUACCCGUCCCUGACUUGUUUCUCACGGCAGUGAAGCUAAGCCACGAUAAGACUGGGGCUCAGUACCUGCAUGCAGCCAGAGAUGACUCCAACAACCUCUUCAGUGUUCAGUUCAGGACGACGCCCAUGGACAGCACCGGUGUUCCUCACAUCCUGGAGCACACGGUGCUGUGUGGCUCAGAGAAGUAUCCCUGCAGAGAUCCGUUCUUCAAGAUGCUCAACAGGUCUCUGUCCACCUUCAUGAACGCCUUCACAGCCAGCGACUACACCAUGUAUCCGUUCUCCACCCAAAACGGGAAGGACUUCCAGAAUCUCCUCUCAGUCUAUCUGGAUGCAGUUUUCUUCCCGUGUCUACGAGAGCAAGACUUCUGGCAGGAGGGCUGGAGGCUGGAGAAUGAAAACCCCACCGAUCCCAGUUCCCCUCUGGUCUUUAAAGGGGUGGUUUUCAACGAAAUGAAGGGCGUCUUUUCAGACAACGAGCGUCUGUACAUCCAGCACCUUCAGAACAAACUGUACCCGGACCACACGUACUCCGUGGUGUCCGGAGGCGAACCGCUGGCCAUCCCCGACCUCACCUGGGAGCAGCUGAAGCAGUUCCAUGCCACACACUACCACCCCAGCAACGCCAGGUUCUUCACUUACGGAGAUUUGCCUUUAGAGCCUCAUCUGAAGCAGAUUGAGGAGGAAGCUCUUUCCAGGUUUGAACGCAUCGACCCCAACACUGAAGUCCCUUCUCAGCCACACUGGACCGCCCCUAGAGAGGACCAUGUGACCUGCGGCCCCGAUGCUCUGGCUCCAGAUCCAGCUAGGCAGAACACGCUGUGUGUGAGCUUCCUGCUGGGAGACAUCACCGAUACAUUUGAAGCUUUCACUCUCAACUUGCUCUCCUCUCUGAUGAUCUCCGGACCAAACUCGCCCUUCUACAAAACCCUCAUCGAACCCAAGAUAGGAACUGACUUCUCCUGUUCUGUCGGAUACGAUGGCAGCACCAAAGAGGCGUCUUUCAGCGUUGGACUGCAGGGAAUGGCUGAGGAGGACACGGAGAAGGUCAAACAGAUCAUCAGCCAAACUAUCGACGACAUUAUAAAGGACGGCUUUGAGGAGGAGAGGAUCGAGGCGCUCCUGCAUAAGAUCGAAAUCCAGAUGAAGCAUCAGUCCACAAACUUUGGCCUGUCUCUGGCCUCGUACGUAGCAUCGUCGUGGAACCACGACGGCGACCCCGUGGAGCUGCUGCGAAUCAGUGACAGCGUCGCCAGAUUCAGAAAGGAGCUGGAGGAAAACCCCCGUUUUCUGCAGGACAAAGUGAAACACUACUUUAAGGAGAACACACACCGGCUGACCCUGUCGAUGAGCCCAGACCAGGCGUACCUGGAAAAACAGGCCAUGGCCGAGGAGGAGAAGCUUCGGAAAAAGGUCCAGGACCUGUCUGACAGUGACAGACAGGACAUUUAUGAGAAAGGUCUGGAGCUGCUGGCUGCUCAGAGUAAAACUCAGGACGCCUCCUGUCUGCCUGCCCUCAAGGUGUCCGACAUCGAGCCCUCCAUCCCACUCACUCCCGUCCAGAUUGGCAGCGCAGGGUCCGUGCCCGUUCAGUACUGCGAGCAGCCCACCAACGGUCUGGUGUACUUCCGGGCCAUGUGUAGCCUCAACACUCUGCCGGAGGAUCUGAGGCUUUACGUGCCGCUGUUCUGCAGCGUCAUCACCAAGAUGGGCUGUGGAGCUCUGGACUACAGACAGCAGGCGCAGCAGAUGGAGCUGAGGACGGGAGGCAUGUCCGUGUCCACGCAGGUCAUCCCCGACUCCACGGAGAUGGACGCCUUCGAACAGGGCAUCCUCCUGUCCUCCUCCUGCCUGGACAGAAACCUUCCUCACAUGUUUCGGCUGUGGAGCGACAUAUUCAACAGUCCAAACUUUGAGGACACCGAGCGUCUCAGAGUGCUGGUGAUGAUGGCGGCGCAGGAGCUGGCCAACGGCAUCUCGUACUCGGGUCACAUGUACGCUAUGACCCGGGCAGGACGGCACCUGACCCCAGCCGCUGACCUCCAGGAGACCUUCAGCGGGAUGGAUCAGGUGAGAUUCAUGAAAAGGGUAGCGGAGAUGUCCGACCUCAGUCCAGUCAUCCGAACGUUAUCCAGGAUCAAGAUUCAGCUGCUCAACCCAGAAAACAUGAGGUGCGCGGUCAACGCAACUCCUCAGAAAAUGGGCGACACGGCGGCGCAGUUGGAGACUUUCAUUCAAGAUGUCGCCAAAACCCGAAAACAACGCAAAGCCAUCAGAGGAAACAUCAUCAAGAAGCCACUGGAUCCUAUGAAUGAAUCCGGCCCAAGCAGAAACCUCAUUUCUGAAGUGAACUUCCAGCCGUGUCAGAUGAAAACCUUCUUCCAGUUGCCUUUCACGGUCAACUUCGUGAGCGAGAGCAUCCGCACGGUGCCCUUCUGUCACCAGGAUUAUGCCAGUUUGAGCAUCUUGGCCAGAAUGAUGACGGCCAAAUUUCUCCACGGGGAGAUCAGGGAGAAGGGCGGAGCCUAUGGGGGCGGAGCCCGGAUGGGGAGUGGUCUCUUCUCCUUCUACUCCUACAGGGAUCCCAACUCGGUGCAGACCUUGUCUGCUUUCCAUAGAGGCGUGGACUGGGCGAAGUCUGGACGCUUCACCCAGCAAGACAUCGACGAAGCCAAGCUGUCAGUCUUCUCAGCAGUCGACUCGCCGGUGGCUCCUUCAGACAAAGGAAUGGGUCGGUUCCUCAGCGGGGUCACGGACGAGAUGAAGCAGGGUCACCGGCAGCGCCUCUUCGCCGUCAGUCAUCACAACCUGGUGGACGUGGCUGAAAGGUACCUCGGUGCAGGUCAGAGGACGUGUGGCAUCGCCAUCCUCGGCCCCGAGAACGACGCCAUCAAGAAAGACCCGUCAUGGAUCAUGAAAUAA